UGUUGGACAUCAUUGGGCAGAGAGAGAAGAGGGGAGGAAAAGGCUGUUUACACAGACUGCAAACCGCCUGGGGAAUAAUGCAGGAAAGGAAGUGAGCCGGCUCUCUGUCUGACUGCUCCAACUUCCUGCUAAAGCAGGAUCUCAUUCCAGAGAAACAGAACAGAACAGUUCAGACGACAGUAAGAAUGGAAAACAAGGGGAUUUUACAAUUUUCUUUUUAAAAGUGUUAUCGAAGAGAAAUACAUCACAGGUCUGGUUAUGGAGAGUGCUAUCACACUGUGGCAGUUCUUGCUUCAGUUGCUUUUGGACCAGAAACACGAGCACCUCAUCUGCUGGACGUCCAACGACGGGGAGUUCAAGCUCUUAAAGGCGGAGGAAGUGGCCAAACUGUGGGGACUUCGCAAAAACAAGACCAACAUGAACUACGACAAACUUAGCAGGGCGCUCCGUUAUUACUAUGAUAAGAACAUUAUCAAAAAGGUGAUCGGACAAAAGUUUGUAUACAAGUUUGUCUCGUUCCCUGAAAUCUUAAAAAUGGACCCCCACACAGUGGAGCUGGGCAGAGAGAGCAUGCUGUUACAGGACAGUGAUUCUCUGAGUCUGGAGACCAAAGAGCAGCAAACCCUGUCGGCCUUGAGAAACACCGGCCGCAACGACUAUAUCCACUCAGGUCUCUACUCCUCCUUCACAAUCAACUCACUACAGAACCAGGCCGAGGUUUUCAAAUCAAAAAUGGAGAAGCAAGACGAGAAAUCGGAUGACAAGCUGCAGGGGGACGAGACGCGGACUGUAAUCCGCUUUGUAACAAACAAAACGGAGAAGCCGGUGGUUUCCAUGCCAUCCUCUCCUUCUAUGUCAGCUGAGGCCGUGGCUUCUGCAGCUUUCUUGACAUCCUCUGCCUCUGCCAAAGCUUCCCCAACUUUGAUGUCGGCUCACGCCACAAACUUCUCCUCUCCCUCCCCCAGUUCUUUCCUGUCAGGAAACAGGAGCCCCAACCCGGAGGCAGAUGAUUUGGAACUCUCUUCCCAGCCUCUGAACCUUUCUGCCAGCCACAAGGCCAGGUCUCCUCAACUGUUUGAGAAGAGGAAUAGCAACGACUUUCCCCCAAAGGCCAAGAAACCCAAAGGCCUGGAGAUCUCAGCCUCCUCUUUACUAUUCUCAGGCACUGAUAUCGGCUCAAUUGCCCUCAACAGCCCCGCACUUCCCUCAGGGUCUCUGACACCAGCUUUUUUCACUGCACAGACACCUACAGGAUUGUUGUUAACCCCCAACCCAUUAUUAUCCAGUAUUCACUUCUGGAGCAGCUUAAGUCCUGUGGCUCCUUUAAGUCCUGCAAGGCUCCAAGGAACAAGCUCUUUAUUUCAGUUCCCCUCCUUGUUAAACGGUCACUUACCGAUGCCAAUUCCGGCGAUGGAUGGGUCUUCUUCACCGCUGCUACUUUCUUCUAAUGGUCAGAAAUCCUAACUUUGCCCAAGUGAAUGCUUAACCGAAGACAGUAUUCUUUUUUUGUGCAAUGCAAAUCACUUUUGGUUCUGCACAUUUACAGUAUACAGACAGAUACUGAUUAUUUUUUAUUUUUUAUUUUUUGUAAGGAUUUGUAUAAGGAUAUUGUUAAAUCUUUGAUAAACACCUUACUGUUUUAAGUGUUUAACAUUAAGAAAUGGUGAUCCUUCUAAUACUGUGUUUAAGGUUGCCAUUGGCGGCUGUGAAUCUAUGUUGCUUGUCCUUUUUUAAAAUUUUUUAUUGUAUGCACUGUGCUUUAACGUUGUAACCGGCUGUGCCUUCCCACGUAUACAAUUAAAUAUAUCAUGUAAAUAUAUUCUUUUUCAGCUUUAAGAAACAAUUUAUAAAGACAAAAUUCCAGUAAAGUAUAAAGGCUCUAUAAUGGCUCUCAAUUACUAUUUUCAUAAAGGAAUUGAUAAAAUGUAUUCUCAUAUUAAUUUUGUGGUUUAACAGUGUAGAAAAUAUGCCUUAUAUUUGUUGUAUAAAUAAAAGUGUAGCAUGGAAUGUUCCAUUAAAAA